CUGCAAUCUUCCGGGGCGGUGCGUGGGAGAGGCUUGAGGCUCUUAUGUUCGACAGAGGGCAUUGUGGGUGGUUGUUGCUUCGGUUUUGUUAGGCUCGGUGUUCGGACUGCGGCCCGGCUGAAGAGAGUUGUGUGUGUCUUUCUGUUGCCCGCCUAUCGUCAUGUCGGUGCUGGGCCCAGUGUCGGGCUCCUUACGCAGCGACCUGGCAGAGGCUGUGGUCCAGGCGCGGCUCCUGGUGGUGGGAGCCGGCGGCAUCGGCUGCGAGCUUCUCAAGGACCUGGUGCUCACCGGCUUCAGCAACAUCGACGUGAUUGAUUUGGAUACUAUCGAUGUCAGCAAUCUCAACAGGCAAUUUUUGUUUCAAAAGAAACAUGUUGGAAGAUCAAAAUCACAGGUUGCCAAGGAAAGCGUGUUACAGUUUUAUCCAGAGGCUAAUAUUAUAGCUUACCAUGAUAGCGUCAUGAACCCUGACUAUAAUGUGGAGUUCUUCCGCCAGUUUACGUUGGUUAUGAAUGCUCUGGAUAACAGAGUUGCCCGUAACCAUGUGAACAGGAUGUGUCUGGCUGCUGAUGUUCCUCUUAUAGAGAGUGGGACCGCAGGCUACCUUGGACAAGUAACAGUUAUCAAAAAGGGAGUGACAGAAUGUUAUGAAUGUCAUCCCAAACCAACUCAGAAGACUUUUCCAGGCUGCACAAUCCGAAAUACGCCAUCAGAACCUAUCCACUGCAUUGUGUGGGCUAAGUAUUUGUUCAACCAGUUGUUUGGAGAAGAAGAUGCUGAUCAAGAAGUUUCUCCUGACAGAGCUGAUCCUGAAGCUGCUUGGGAGCCAGCAGAAGCCAGAGAACAAGCAUCCAAUGAAGAUGGUGAGAUUAAACGUGUUUCAACUAAGGAGUGGGCUAAAUCAACUGGAUAUGAUCCAGUUAAACUUUUUACUAAGCUUUUCAAAGAUGACAUUAGAUAUCUGCUGACAAUGGAUAAGCUAUGGCAGAAAAGAAAGCCUCCAGUGCCACUGGACUGGACUGAGGUACAAAAUCAAGAGAAAAACACAUCGGACAAACAAAAUGAGUCCUCUGCAGUCUUGAAGGAUCAGCAGGUUCUCAAUGUCGAGAGCUAUGCACACUUAUUUUCAAAGACUGUUGAAACCCUGAGACUUCAGCUGGCCGAGAAGGGUCAUGGAGCAGAGCUUAUAUGGGAUAAAGAUGAUCCUUCUGCACUGGAUUUUGUCACUUCUGCUGCGAACCUCAGGAUGCAUGUUUUCGGUAUGAAUAUGAAGAGCAGAUUUGACAUCAAGUCAAUGGCAGGAAAUAUUAUCCCAGCUAUAGCUACUACUAAUGCGGUAAUAGCUGGUCUGAUAGUGCUGCAGGGUUUGAAGAUUUUAUCAGGAAAAAUAGAUCAGUGUAAAACGAUUUUUCUGAACAAGCAGCCAAAUCCCAGAAAGAAACUAUUGGUUCCUUGUGCUUUGGAUCCACCAAAUCCGAACUGUUACGUAUGUGCAAGUAAGCCAGAAGUGACUGUGAAACUUAAUGUACACAAAGUUACUGUGUUAACGCUCCAGGAUAAGAUAGUGAAAGAAAAAUUUGCUAUGGUAGCACCAGAUGUACAAAUAGAUGAUGGAAAAGGAACUAUCCUUAUCUCUUCAGAAGAAGGAGAAACAGAAGCGAAUAACCACAGGAAGUUAUCGGAAUUCGGAAUUCGAAACGGCACUCGACUACAAGCAGAUGAUUUCCUUCAGGACUAUACACUGUUAAUCAAUGUGCUUCAUAGUGAAGACCUAGAAAAAGAGAUAGAAUUUGAAGUUGUUGGUGAUAACCCUGAAAAAGUUGGCCCUAAACCAUCAGAACCAACAUCCAGGAACAUUACCAAUGGUAGUGAUGAUGGAGCACAGCCCUCAACAUCAACAGCUCCAGAUGAUCUACUGAUUCUUGAUUCUGAAGAUGAAAGUACUUCGAGCAAUGUUGAGGAUGAUAUAGAAAACAAAACCCGCAAGAGAAAACUAGAAGAUAAAGAGUGUGUCAGUACAAAGAGAGUGUGUACUGAGCAGACAGAAGAGCAAGAUGAAAUUAUACAGUUAGACUGAACAUGCAAAUGCCCCUUGACAAAAUGAUUUAGAUGAUGUAAUACAGUAAUAGCGUAUUAUGUUGGGAUGUGAAAAAUAUCCAGAACUAGACUAAUUUUAAGGCCGUCGUCCCAAGUAAAUACCAGACCACUGGCUUAAAUAAUUUGUGUCUGUUUCUCUUGAUGAUAAAGCUCUCAUCUCAAUAGACUCAGCAGUUUUUCCAUGUGAAUUCCAUAUAUUAAAUGUAGUAGAAACAUAGUUAGUAAAUACUUACAGAUUACUAUUUCAUAGAAUCUACUUUUCAUGUAACUACUUUUUUUUCUAUAUCUUGAAGAAAAAGAGUUUUAGCCUAGUCCUAAAAACUUUUCCACACCCUGAACAAGAAGAAAACUCAAUAAAGGAAAUUAGUGCCAUGUUUUAACGGUGUUCUUAAACUUCAGCUGGCACUGUACAUUACUGUAAAACUGUUAAUUUACUCAAGUUUUUCAGCUUGUACUGCCUGGUAUAUCAAUUUUAAGAAUCAAAUUUUUGUGUAUUGUUACAGUUUCAAGUUAUUUAUAUUUGAUGUUUUGUAGACACAGAUACUGCUACUAUACUGUACAUCUGAUGGACCAAAUAAAUGACAUCUGAAAUAUUUGCUA